CUGGAGGCUCAGCCCUGCCGUCAGUUUCGGUAACAGCCACACGACGAGUACUACGGAAACAUACGUCGCCUUGAAAACGUUUUUAAGCAGCUUUUACAGCUACAUGAGUAGCGUUUUAGUACACGAACAAACACGGAGACUAUCCAGCCCAAACGUGGAGUUUUAUUAUUUGUCCUUCGUGAGGGAAACGAAGGGGGAGUAAGGGAUUUUGUCGCCGCCUGUGUCCUUCCUGUUCAGCCCUUUGUUUUUCACUGCUGUGCUCGAGCAGGCGACCAGUAGCGCCCCCGCGCGAGCCAAGAGAAAAGAGCUCGAGGAUAGGGAGCCAAACGAGCGGCCGAGCCGAUUGCCUCCCGAGCGACGUGGGUCCCCCCAGCUCUGUUGUCCGAUGCGGAGUGAGGAUGAGUCCCGCUCUGGAAGCCCUCAUGCAGGCGGACGGGACUCCUUAUCCCGGAAAAGGGGUGAUGCUUGAGCCAUUCGUGCACCAGGUGGGGGGCCACUCUUGUGUGCUGCGAUUUGGGGAGCAAACAAUAUGCAAGCCCCUCAUCCCCCGGGAGCACCAGUUCUACAAGAGCCUCCCCACAGAGAUGAGGAAGUUCACCCCUCAGUAUAAAGGUGUAGUGUCGGUCAGUUUCGAAGAGGAUGAGGAAGGGAACCUGUGCCUCAUCGCCUACCCCCUCCACAGCGAAUCAGGCGACCUGGAAAACAAAGAUCCCUCGGCAGACUGCGAGCCCAAGAGCAAGAUGCUAAAGUGGAGCAACAAGAAGCAGUCCUCUUUGCUUCUGGAGAACGACAACUACAGCAAAGACAGAGCUCGACACAGCCGCAAAGAAGACAAGAUCAUAAGUUACAAUCGUGAUGAGAUGCAGCAGCAGCAGCAGCAGCAGGCAGAGGUUCUCUACUUCAGCCUGGAAAAAGGCAACGUGGUGCCACAGAUCAAACACAACCCCUGGAGUCUCAAAUGUCACCAGCAGCACUUACAGAGGAUGAAGGAGAAUGCAAAGCACCGUAACCAAUACAAAUUUAUUCUGUUGGAGAAUCUGACGUGGCGCUACACAGUACCAUGUGUCUUAGACUUGAAGAUGGGAACUCGCCAACAUGGGGACGAUGCAUCAGAGGAGAAGAAAGCCAAUCAGAUUCGCAAGUGUCAACAGAGCACAUCCGCCUCUAUUGGAGUGCGUCUUUGUGGCAUGCAGGUGUACCAGUCAGACUCAGGCCAGCUGAUGUUCAUGAAUAAAUACCAUGGCCGUAAGCUCACCCUUGCAGGCUUCAAGGAGGCUCUCUACCAGUUCUUCCACGAUGGGCGCCGCCUACAGCGAGAGCUACUGUCCCCAGUGCUGCGCAGACUCCGUGAAAUGCAAGCUGCCCUGGGGGCCUGCGAGUCCUACCGCUUCUACUCCAGCUCCCUGCUCAUCAUCUACGAUGGAGACCCUCCCAGGACUCCCACUAGACCCAGACACCGUGGUGGGGAAGAAGGUGAUGAGGACGAGCCAUCUGAUGAAGAAGAGGAGGAGGAGGAGGAGGAGGAAGACGAGGAAGAGGAAGGGGCCUUUGGUUUCCCUCGUUCCUCCUCAGCAGGCAGCAGUGCUAGCGUGGCCGGAGGGAGCAGCAAUAGUGGCAGCAGUCGCUCCUCCCACAGCACAGGAGAGGCCAGCAGCCCAGCAGUGGACGUGCGCAUGAUUGACUUUGCUCACACCACCUGUCGGCACUAUGGAGAGGACAGUGUGGUGCACGAAGGCCAGGACAGUGGGUUCAUUUUUGGCCUCCAGAACCUGAUCACCAUCAUCUCCCAGCUGGAGGAUCACAGUACUGACUGAGGCUGGAUUGGAGCCAACAUGGUCUAAAUUUCAAGCAUGGGAAGAGCUUGCUGAGCUGAAACCCUGCUACUCCAAGGUGCAUCGCCCUUAUGCCUACGUGGGGGUCUGACCUUCCUCUGCUUGGAGGGAACCUCAGACACCUCGGGGUCAGGGGAGUCCGUGUGGUCGUUCUGCGCUCUCCCCCACCUGCCAGAGGACAGGGCUGCCUGUGCCCUUACUUGCACUUUUCUUUUUCUGGGACUGCUCCUUUUCUUUGUUAUACACGGUAGGAGAAAUGUUGUACGAGAUGGAGGUCUCUCAACAAACACAGGGACUCCUGUAGCAUCAUAGGACCCUCCCUCCCCCCUCUCCUCCUCUGGUACAGACAAGUUUCUUUAUUAAGUUCUCUCUGAGAGAGAAAGAGCGAGGCAGAGUUAACUGAAGCGUAGUUUUAGGAGCCUGAUGUGGUGCUUUACCUGUGAUAUGACAUAAGUUUUUGUUCUUUUUGUCGUUUUUUUGAUGAAGUUCGGACUCCCCAACAGCACAGCACAUUAUUAGUGGGGACGUUGACUGUACAAGCUGACCUUGGCUGGCUGGGUCAGCGGCCUUGUAGCAAUCGACAACAUAAGCUUCUGAGAAGGACAUUUUGUGUUUAUAUUGGUGUCCCUUAAGACCCUCUCAACAAACAUGGUUUGUGUGUCCACCGGGCACUUGGAUUUACACAUUUUGGUGGAAGAACAAGAUUUUUUAGGUCUAGAAGAAGGGAUCUGCCUUUUUUCAACAGUUGCUCACCCCUGUACUUUUUUGCCUAUAAACAAAAGACUUUUUUUGAAAAGGGUAAUAUCCUUGUUUCGUCACUGUCUUUGUUUUCGUCUGAUUUUUCUCUUCUUCAUUCCUGAAACUUUGACUAAACAAAGAGAAUAUAUUGAUUAAAAACACUAGCUACAAAGACUAUAUAGAGACUAUUUAUUUGAAAGGAUUGUUUAAAAACUAAAAAAAAAAUGGAAACAGCUACAUUCCAUAUUACCACUCUGUCUGUUCUGAUACCGACUUUGAUUUAUUUUAUUAUGGCAAGAGCUGAUGCGUCUCUUGUAAACCUGUGUGUUAACAGUGUCUUGAAAAAUAAAGGCAUUCAUUUGUGGUAAAA